UGAAAACAUUGGUUUCUGUUGAUUAAAUUAUUCAUAUGCUGAAUGCAAUGGCAGCUUGAUGAGCUAAAGGGUAAAGCCUCUUACCAAGUCAUACAUAGACUCUUUAAGCGAGCUAGGAAUCUCAAGCUUGAAAAUUUGCCUACACAUUAUAGUGGCUCAUCCCUUACUCUCAUUGGCUCUCAAAGAAUUCGGCAUUUGAUAUUUAUGUAAGUUUGUCCAAUAUCCCCUCAAAGCGUGCAGGACGAGGAGUGGCAACCUGGAGCUCAAGGCGAUAAAAGACAUUUGUAGGAGUGAUCUACUCCAUUUGCUUGGUUCUAUUCAUUUUAAUUCUGCAGGAUUCUUUUGUUGUUCCAGUUGCUUGUUUUUUUACGUGUAGCUUCUUUACAUUAUUUCUUUUCUUGUUAAUGUUUGUUUACUUUGUC